AUGAGCUGCCGCUCGUAUGCUCUGCCUUUGCCUGAUGGUGGACUGGACCACCGCCUGAUCCUCCAGCAUCAGCUUUGGCGCAAAACGCUGGAUGGCCGUCUAUUGAGCGGCCCACUGACAAAUGCAGUUACCCGAGUCCUUGAUGUUGGAGCAGGCUCGGGAGGUUGGGCCGCCGACUUCGCCAAGCAACACCCAGACGCCCAAGUCAUCGCCCUAGAUAUAUUCGAACAGCCAACUGUUGAAGCGCCGAGCAAUUGCCAGUUUGUGAAGAGGGAUCUGGAGCAAGACUGGGACAUUGGAAGUGACGCCAAAUUCGACCUCAUCCACUCGCGCAUGGUUCCCAUGCACGCCACCGAGGCGCGUGCCGUCCUCCGCCGAUGUAUUGAACACCUGAAGCCGGGGGGGCACAUUGAGAUGCAAGAGCUGUGGCUGCCCUUUCGAACGGACGAACCCCCCGUCGCCCCUGAGAGUAGUUCAACGGUCAUUCAGUGGAGCCAUCUUCGGUUGGAGGCCGUGUCAAAGCUUGGAUUUGACCAUACCAUUGCUGGCCAACUGCCCGAUGCUCUGUUGGAAGCUGGGUUUGAGAAAGUGCAGGUGCAGGAUUAUAAGUGGCCGAUAGGGGCCUGGGUAGAGGAUGAGAAGCUCAAGGAAAUUGGCAAUAUGUUCUUGGAGUAUCUGCAGCUUGGAAAGAGGCAGAUGUCGGAGGAAAUACUGGCUCAGUUGGGCAUGGACGAGCAACAAAUCACUGAUCUCGUUGAGCAAGUCGGGAAGGAGCUCGGGACUGGGAAGAUAUAUGUUCCCGCCCGGUUCAUAUCGGCUCGGAGACCUGAGUAA